AUGGAUGCCUCUGAGCGGCCUCGUGGUCAGGAACAUAUCCCAGAGUAUCCCAAGCUCUGGAUCUGGAUGCGCGUGUUCCAGCUCGUCGUCGGGCUCACGGUGCUUUUCCUCUCCAUCCAUGCAUUGGAAGGGUUUCGUAUCUUGAUGGAUCUUUCCAUUGUCAUGAUAGUCAUUUCUGCUGCCUCCGUCGGCCUCACAAUCUGGCUCAUCGUCGCCCAAUUCUCGUCCCCCCGCGCAUUCAGAUACUGGAUCACCCUCGUCCUCGACUUUCUCAUCUUCGUCGCCUGGACCGUCUCCGGCUCCAUCCUCGUCUCUCACACCUCUGCCCUCGUCGCCCAGCGGAGCGUCACCGGAAAUCGCUUCGAUCAUCCUGAUGACGAGCAGCAGCAUCAGCAUCCUCUCCAUGAGAGCCACGUUUCGACGUUUUAUGCCAUUGCCGGCCUUGCGUGUCUUGAAUUCUCCCUCUUCUGUUCAUCAUGGAUCAUCGACGCCGUCGUCAUUCGCCGCCACCGCCAGAUCGGCCUUCCCUCCAAGCCGCUCAAGAAGAGAGCUUCGCUUGCGGAGAGACAGCAAGCCAAGCCGAUUCCCGUGUCUCCUCCCCAGAAGCCGCGGGUCAAGCCUACGCUUGCUGAGCGAGUUGAGAUGCUUUUCAAGGGACAAGAAGCGUCAGCCUCUCAAUCAGUUGGGUUUGAGGGCAGCGGCGGAGGCGGACACGGUGGACGCAAUGAUAGCGCAGAUGGGGGAGUUUGAGCAGCAGUGGUGGAGGAUUUGCAGGUUGGAUGAAGGAACAACGUGUUUGGGGUAUCAGCCUCGAACGAAGACGGACGAUAUCUUGACACUUGGUAAUAAGGCAGGAUGAAGGAAAACAUGUAAUGACUAAAGCAGCGCUAUUUCUUUGACAUUAUGGCAGUAAAAUAACAGGAUAUUGGAAG